AUGGAUACUGACCGCCCCUUUCACGGUCAACUCCAUACUCUGGGAAUCUAUCUCAUUACCGUUACUGAAGCACAAUCCCCUCAGUUCCUCGUUGAUGACGAUCGAUGGCGACGCAUUAUCUUGGAUGGCUGCAAGAUCAUCGAACAGGUCAUUCCCGAGGCCGUAAGGAACGAACUCUACCGGCUUGCGAGUGAAAUGCAAGCGGAAUUUCGCAAGGCGCCACAUCAACAGAUAUCACCAGAUGUUUCCCGUUCCCCAGUUACAACCUCAGCACCGAUUUUGCAAGGCUGUUCCCUCAAUAGGCCAGGCAAAAAGCAUCUCGAGACCGAUCCUCAUGAUAGAGCCCUCCAGGUUUCAAAGCAGAUCCCGAUAGCUAUAAGGAAAUCUCCCAAGAGCCAGUCCUUCACGAGAAAGAAAUAUUUCCGUGGGGAUUAUGAACAACCUAUCCCACUUGAUACUCUGAAGUCUUGGGCCGCAUCACCAGAGACUUUACUCAACUCUGCGGCAAUUUCCAUCCGCGAUCUGGGCGUAUCAGACUACAUUCAAGCCCUUGAUAAAUCAUCCCAAACAACCAAGAUUGCACGGCGUUUUGCUUUGGUACAACUUUGGGUAUCAAGAGAGGUCUGGUGGCCUUGGCGCCUAGAUGCUUUCAAACGACGUCUGGGCAAGGUCCCUAAGGGAACCUUUGACCGGUGGCUUAGAGAAGGAAGGACUUUAUUCCUGCUAAAAGCACACAGUGGUGCAGCAGUCUUGUUCUCAAAGCUUAAGCCUCAAAACGACCUCGUGGACAUGGCACCCAGGUGGAAACCUCGUCCCGAAGAUAACACCAACGCAGGUUUCGACGGCAAAUACCAGAACCUGGAGCCGAUUCUACAAUCUCACUAUGCUAAGGAAACCAGAGAACUAGCUUCUCGUUUUAAUGUAGAGGAAUUGGAGAUUCCAAUGAGUCGCGACAAUGAUAUUACAUAUUCCAAACUGUACAGAGAUGCCGCAAGGAGUAUCUCGUUAUGCUUGGGGAAGUUGCAUGAGAAGCUACUAUUUAGCGACAUGUCACAACCAACACAUGACCCCGAAGCCCCUCAGGAUGAACCAGUUGCGAAAAGGAUUUGUCGAUCAUCUGGGCCACUCAUGGACUGUCCGUCAAACCUAAGAGUGAGCCAGCAUCAAUUCAGUCACGACACAACACGCAAUGUACACAAUGGCAAUCAAAGAUUGCCUUGCGUCACAGAAAGCACUACUGCUGCCAUAGGAGACAGCAGUUAUGAAGUCCGAUGCGCAUCUAGUGAUGAGAGAAUGCCUAUGUCAAGCUCGCUUGAGGGUGCCAGCUCCCAGUCGGUGACUUUCGUCAUGCCUGGUAGUGAUUCCUACGCGAUUGCUACACCUCCUUUGAAGGCUGCCGUGGGUAGGUAUAAAACAAAACCAUCAACAGAUAGGACAACGCCAGUCGAAAGCAUCGGAGCUGAUAUGGGGCCUUUCCAAGUUCAUAAGUCCACUGUUUGUCGGAACACAAACACAGAUCAAUUGAGCGAAGGUCAUCUCGACCGCCCAUGCGCUGACAGGGCUGAGGAACUUCAUGACUGUCGUGGGAACAUUUCACAGACCUCCGGCUUAUAUUUCGAACCAUACGAGGCCCCGAGUCAAAUAUUGGGUAUCCAUGCAGCCUUCGCAUUAAACCGUCUCGGCUGUUAUUCUACCAUUCCCGUCGACGAUGACCCUUAUUUCAACUUCGAAACAAACUCGUUUAUGCCACUCGAUGUCACUUUCAACAACUGCUAG